AGUAGCCUUUUCCAAAUCAACGACCGAUUGAAGGUUUGAAGCGUUUUUUCCCCUAGUUUCGAUUUCAGUUUCCGGUUGAAUUCAGUUUUCAGGACGGGCGGCAGCUGCGUCCCCACUCAGGAUAAGUACACGGCCGAGCUCCGCCCACAUUUCCACUUCCCGACGGUAACGCUUGGAAAUAAACUUUUUGGGUCUGCGUCCCGGACGCGUCUGUGAGGAUGCCAGUGUUUGGUUAUUUAUCUUCUGGGUUGACCAUAUCACUCAGUAACUAACUUUAAAAAAUAUAUAUAUAUUAUUAUUUUUGUCGCUUCCCCACCUGGAUCAUCAUGUUACGGGUUUUGGUCGAGUCAGCUUCAGGUCUGCCCAAAAAGAAAGUUGGAAGUCCUGAUCCAAUCACCACAGUGGUCUUUAGAGAUGAAAAGAAGAAAACGCACGCGAUUGACAACGAACUGAAUCCUGUGUGGAAUGAGCUCCUUGAGUUUAACCUGAACGGAGCCGCUCUAGAACCCAACUCCCAUGUUGACGUGAUUGUGAAGGACUCUGAGACAUUUGGGAAAGAUAAAUUCAUCGGGUCAACAAGAAUUCCUUUGAGAGAGCUCGCCUCUGGUCAACUUAGAUCGCUGCCGUCGAAAAAUGUGCCUCUAGUUGACGAGACUGGCCGCAGUAUUGGUGGGACCGUGAACCUCAUCAUUGGCUAUGAUCCUCCACCCAACGCUAACCCGAAUGCCGACGAAUCCCAAGAUGGUGAUUCUACUGUGGAUUCUGGCGGUGGAGAACAAGGCGACGAGACGGCACCUGACGGGGCUCCGGGCGGUUCCGCGACGGUCCCCUCGACUCCCGGUCUCUCCGGCAGCCUCCGCCGGCGAGUCGCGAGGUCACGGAACCGGCACCGGCUUGUCAACAAACCGCAGGACUUCCAGAUCCGAAUCCGCCUCGUCGAGGCCCGUCAGUUGCCGGGCAACAACAUCAAGCCGGUGGUCAAAGUUCAGGUGUGCGGGCAGACCCACAGGACAAGGAUUAAGCGGGGAAACAACCCCUUCUUUGACGAGAUGUUUUUCUAUAAUGUCCACAUGCUUCCAUCAGACCUGUUUGAACAGAACAUCAAUUUUCGGGUUUAUAAUUCCUACUCACUUCGGGCUGACAGUCUGAUGGGAGAAUUUAAGCUUGACGUCGGCUAUGUGUACGAUGAGCCAGGCCACUGCGUCAUGAGGAAGUGGCUGCUGCUGAGCGAUCCGGACGACUCCAGCUCUGGGGCAAAAGGCUACCUGAAAGUCAGCCUGUUCGUGGUGGGGAUCGGUGAUGAGCAGCCAUCGGAGAAGAGGGAAUCGAAUGACGACCAAGAUGACAUUGAAAGCAACCUGCUGCUUCCAGCUGGUGUCACACUCCGUUGGGCCACGUUAUCGCUCAAGAUUUUCAGGGCAGAAGAUGUCCCGCAAAUGGAUGACGCCUUCAUCCAGUCACUCAAGGAGGUUUUCGGGGGGAAUGAAAAUAAGAAGAACCUGGUGGAUCCGUUCAUAGAGGCUCGUUUCGCUGGCAAAAAGCUCCGUACUCAGAUCAUCGAGAGGAACGCGAACCCAGAGUGGAACCAAGUGUUGAAUCUCCAAGUGAAGUUCCCGUCCAUGUGCGAGCGUGUCAAACUGACAGUCUUUGAUUGGGAUCGCGUGACCGGGAACGAUGCUGUUGGCACCACCUACCUCAACCUGGCCAAAAUAGCCUCCUCUGGGGGUGAAAUAGAAGAGGAACAUGCAGGAAAUGCGGAAAUGUCAUCAUUUGAAGCUGAAACCGGAGAGUCAGAGGUUGGUUUCCUACCGGCCUUUGGUCCUUGCUUCAUCAACCUCUACGGCAGCCCCAGAGAGUUCACUGGACUGCCUGACCCUUACGAAGACCUGAAUUUGGGAAAGGGUGAAGGAGUGGCCUACAGGGGCAGGGUCCUGGUCGAAAUGUCCACAAAACUCGAGGGCAAAGUUGACAAAGCAGUAGACAGCAUCCCUAGCGACGACAUCUUGGUGGUACAGAAGUACCAGAGGAGAAGGAAGUUCUGUCUUUGUGCAGUCUUCCACAGUGCCUCCAUGAUACAAGAACCAGGGGAGCCGAUCCAGUUUGAGGUCAGCAUCGGUAACUAUGGCAACAAGCUCGACACCACCUGCAAACCGCUGGCCUCCACCACUCAGUACAGCUGCGCCGUGUUUGAUGGUAACCACUACUAUUACCUGCCGUGGGCGGGCACCAAGCCGGUCGUCGUGGUCACAUCAUUCUGGGAGGACAUUAGCCACCGCAUGGACACUAUCAAUAUUAUCCUUUAUAUCUAUCACCGCUUGCAAUCCAACCUUGAGGACUUUAGAACUGCUGUCUUGGCUAAAGCACCCGACAAACAACUGUCCGAAGUCUGGGUGAAGUUGCUGACUCAGCUUAUCGAAGACUUGGAAAAUUUCCCAACACCGGAGCUGGAGGGCCGCUCCAACCUGACAUCCCUGGACAUCCAGCUGAAGAAGCUGCGCGACAGUGGCCUGAAGAGCAUCACGCAGGCGGCCAGACGCAUGCGAGCGGAGGCCCAAGGCAUCCCCGACACGCUGGCCGACAUCGAGUCCUGGUCGGAAAAACUCUCGAUUCUUGCGGAAGAGCCCCAGAACAGCAUGCCCGACGUAAUCAUUUGGAUGCUCCGCGGGGAGACCAGGGUGGCCUACAGCCGCAUACCCGCUCACCAAAUCCUCUACUCCACAUACAGCGAGCAGGCCUGCGGCCAACACUGCGGCAAAACCCGUACGAUCUUUUUAAAGUACCCGAUGGACAAAAACAAAGGCUUGAAGGUGCCCGUUCAGAUCAGAGUCAACAUGUGGCUGGGUUUGUCUGCACAUGAAAAGAAGUUCAACUCCUUUUCAGAGGGGACGUUCAGCGUGUUCGCAGAGCUGUACGAAAACCAAGCCAGCAUGUUUGGAAAGUGGGGAACCACGGGACUGGUGGGCCGCCACAAGUUCUCUGACGUGACUGGCAACCUCAAGCUGAAAAAGGAGUACUUCAUGCCCCCGAGAGGGUGGGAGUGGGAGUCGGACUGGUUCAUAGACCCGGAGAAAGCUCUCUUGACGGAGGCGGACGCAGGACACACGGAAUUCAUGGAUGAGGUCUUCCAAAAUGAGACCCGCUUCCCUGGCGGCGAGUGGAAGGCCGCCUCCGAGCCUUUCACUGAUGUGAAUGGAGAGAAAAGCCGAAAUCCAGGAGAGUUCGAUUGUCCUCCGGGUUGGACGUGGGAGGAUGAGUGGACGGUUGACAUCAACAGAGCUGUGGAUGAUCAAGGAUGGGAAUAUGGACUGACCAUUCCACCGGAUGACAAGCCUCGGUCCUGGGUGCCGGCAGAGAAGGUGUACCACGUCCACCGUAGGCGACGGCUGGUUCGACCUCGCAAGCGAGCUGCGCUUCCUGCGGGUGCCGCCAUGGAGAGGCGGGACCAGGGAGAUCCGGAGGGCUGGGAAUUCUCGUCACUGAUGGGCCGGAAGUUCCACAGGAAGGAGCGUUCGUCGGACGCGUUUCGUCGGAGGCGCUGGAGGAGAAAGAUGGCGCCGGAAGACCGCUUGGGCGCGUCGGCCAUCUUCAAACUGGAGGGUGCACUGGGUGUUGAUACAGAGGAGAAAGAAAGCUCCAAGGGCGACGUAACCAAGAUGUUUGGCGCCAACACGCCCACAGUGUCUUGCUCCUUAGACAGGUCAUGUAUGUAUCACCUACGUGUAUAUGUCUACCAAGCAAGAAACAUGACAUCAAUGGACAAAGACAGUUUUUCUGAUCCCUACGCCCACAUCUCCUUCCUCCAUCUCAGUAAAACGACAGAAAAGCUGCGCGCAACGUUAAACCCAACCUGGGACCAAACGCUGAUUUUUAAUCGCGUGGAAAUUUACGGGGACCCGCAGGCCCUUGCGCGAAAUCCCCCGGAUGUUGUCAUGGAAUUCUACGACCAUGACCAAGUGGGCAAGGACGAGCUGUUAGGUCGCUGCGUUUGCGCUCCUUUGGUGAAGUUGAAUCCCAGCAUGGAUCAGACACCCAAACUGCUUUGGCAUCCCAUCAGGCAGAGGGGGCGCGUGGAGGGGGAGGCACUGGUAGCUGCCGAACUUAUUCUCAAAGACAAGUCAGGAGAUUCAGAUCUUCCUCUGGUGCCCCCAAAGAGGGCAGAGAACCUUUACAUGGUUCCGCAAGGUAUCCGACCGAUUGUGCAGCUCACUGCCGUGGAGAUUCUAGCUUGGGGUCUGAGGAACAUGAAGCCCUAUCAGCUGGCCACGGUGUCCUCCCCCAGCCUGGUGGUGGAGUGCGGCGGGCACAGGGUGGAAUCCGCAGUCAUCAGGAACAUGAAAAAGAGCCCCAACUUCCCCAGUUCGGUCCUCUUCAUCAAAGUGCUUCUACCGAAGGAUGAGAUGUACACGCCUCCGAUCGUGCUGAAGGUGAUCGACCACCGUCCGUUUGGCAGAAAGCCGGUGGUGGGCCAGUGCACCAUCACCUCCCUGGAGCAGUUCCGGUGCGAUCCGUACGUGAUCACGGCCGAGGGAGCCAUGGCUUCCAAAAUGGCCCUCAUGGCGGCGGCGCCUCCCAGACACGUUUCCAUCAACAUGGACGAAACUAGACUACUGUUAGAAUCUCAGUUCAUGUGCAGCAUGACAGCUGCUGUCAACAAAAUGGCUCCCCCCGCCUCCUAUUUUCACGUAGAGAAGGAAAAGCAGACGGUGGAUUGGUGGAGUAAAUUCUACGCUUCGGUGGGCGAGCACGAGAAGUGCGGCCCUUACCUCAAGAAAGGAUACGACACCCUCAAAGUCUACGACUGCGAACUAGAAGACGUCGCACAGUUCAAAGGGCUGACGGACUUCUGCAGCACUUUCAAACUGCAGCGGGGCAAGAACGACGACGGGGACGACGACCCGAGCGUCGUCGGGGAGUUCAAGGGCUCGUUUAAACUGUACCCCCUGCCAGAUGACCCGGGGGUCACCCCUCCCCCGAGGCAGUUCAGAGAGCUGCCGGAUAGCGGACCUCAGGAGUGUCUGGUCAGGAUUUAUGUGGUCCAGGCCAUCGACCUCCAGCCUAAAGACAAUAACGGCAGAUGUGACCCAUAUAUGAAAAUAUCCCUGGGAAAGAACACGAUUGAUGACCGGGACCAUUACCUCCCCAACACAACCAACCCCGUGUUUGGAAGGAUGUUCGAGAUGACCUGUUUCCUGCCGCAAGACAAAGACCUGAAAAUCUCCGUUUACGACUACGACCUCCUGAGUCGGGACGAGAAGGUCGGGGAGACCGUGAUCGACCUGGAGAACCGCUUCCUGUCCCGUUAUAACUCCUACUGCGGCCUGCCGCAGACCUACUGCACUUCUGGAAUCAACCAGUGGCGGGACCAGCUGAAGCCGUGCGAGCUCUUGGAGAACCUCGCUCGCCUGAAAGGCUUUUCCAAACCCAGGACAGAGGACAACGGCAAUUCACUAACUUUUAAUGGAAAAGAAUACACGCUCGCUCAGUUUGAGAACAAUAAGGAGGUUGACGAACACCUGGGUCCAGCCUGGGAGCGUCUGUGUCUGCACGUCCUGCGAACGCAGGGACUGGUACCCGAGCAUGUGGAGAGCAGGACGCUUUACAGCAGCUUUCAGCCCAAUCUGUCCCAGGGAAGACUUCAGAUGUGGGUGGAUGUUUUCCCCAAAAGCAUGGGCGCCCCCGGCCCCCCUUUUGACAUCACCCCACGCAAGCCCAAGAAGUAUUUUCUGCGUGUCAUCAUUUGGAACACGACAGACGUGACUCUGGAUGAGACGAGCGUCACCGGAGAGCACAUGAGCGACAUUUAUGUUAAAGGUUGGAUGCCGGGAAUGGAGGAGGACAAGCAGCGGACCGACGUCCACUACAGGUCCCUGGACGGAGACGGCAACUUCAACUGGAGGUUCGUCUUUGAGUUUGACUACCUUCCCGCAGAGCAGCUCUGCCUCGUCUCCAAGAAGGAGCACUUUUGGAGUCUGGACAAAACCGAGUACAGGAUCCCACCCAAACUGACUAUCCAGAUAUGGGACAACGACAAAUUUUCACUGGAUGAUUAUCUCGGAACGCUGGAGCUCUAUUUGCACAACUUGAUCCCCCCUGCAAAGACACCAGAGAAGUGUUCGCUGUCCAUGAUGGACAACGUGGAUCCAGACGUGCCACACAAGCCCGAGCCUGCCAAGUGUCUGUUUACCCAGAAGUCAGUGAGGGGCUGGUGGCCCUGUUCUAUUGAGCGGGAUGGCCACAAGGCGCUGGGGGGCAAAGUCGAGAUGACUUUGGAAAUCGUGAGUGAAGCUGAUGUGGAUGAAAAACCAGCAGGAAAAGGCAGGGAUGAACCAAACAUGAACCCGAAACUGGAGUUUCCCAAGCGCCCAGAAACGUCCUUCUUUUGGUUCACCAACCCGUGCAAGACCAUGAAGUUCAUCGUAUGGCGAAGGUUCCGCUGUCUCUUCAUCGGGCUCAUCGUUCUGACCAUUGUGCUCCUCUUCCUCGCCAUCUUGCUGUACUCGCUGCCGAACUACAUCUCCAUGAAGAUAGUGAAGCCACUAAAAUAAAGCGUACAACUGGCAGAGUGCAGUCGACCUGCAAAGGACUACAAAAAUGCCAAAAGGAUCACAGUACACGGUCUUGUGUUUUUGUGUACUUUCUUUAUGAAAACUGGUGACUUUGUGGGGGGGGUGCUUGCUUGUUUGCACUAUUUCAACCUUCUGCCACACACGCACACUAAACUGUGAUAAAUGAAACAUGAUUGGUGAAAAGACUUUCCUACAUACACACUGGUGUCAUUUCGUGGGAUCAAUUCUUAGUUUUAAACCUCACUUAUAAGCGCAAUACUAAUUAUAAAAUAACAUGAACAUAACAUUUUUUAAAUGAGAAAUUUCACGUAUUUCAUAGCUUGAACAUAUCAGCUGACAUUGUGGCAUUAACUUGAUCAGAUGAGCAAAAGCUGAACAUUUUUUAACACGUCCCCUGAAAUGUGUUGUUUCCACUUUUUUUGUAUUAUUGUGAAUAAAGUAAGAAUCAAUCCA